AUGGAGUAUUGCGCUAAAAAUCAAUUAUUGGAUAAAUUACCGAAGGAACUGCUUAGUUAUGUUCAAGAAAAAAGUGAAUUGUGUAAACCUGAUCAUAUAUAUGUAUGUGAUGGUAGUGAAGAAGAAAACAAAAUGUUAUUAGCGGCAAUGGAGAAAAAUGGUGAAAUAAGAAAAUCGAAAAAACAUAAAAAUUGUUGGCUAGCAACAACUGAUCCACGAGAUGUAGCUCGAGUAGAAUCCAGAACAAUCAUAUGUACAAAAAAUCAACAUGAUGUUGUCUCAACACCAAAAAGUGGUUUCCGGCCAAUAGUAGAUCCAAAUAUGCCAAAUAUUAAACAAACAGCGUUGGGAAACUGGAUGGAUACCGAUGAAAUGAUACUAAUUUUAAACGAACGCUUUAAUGGAUGUAUGAAAGGUCGAACAAUGUUUGUUAUUCCAUAUAUGAUGGGACCAUUUAAUUGUCCAUAUUCAAAAAUUGGUGUUGAAUUAACUGACUCACCGUAUGUCGUUUGUAGUAUGAGAAUAAUGACACGAAUGGGUGAACGUGUAUUGAAUGAAUUAAAUAAAGUUGAAUCACCAAAUUUUAUUAAAUGUUUACAUUCUGUUGGUGUACCAUUGCCAGCACAAGAACCAAUUAUUAAUAAUUGGCCAUGUAAUCCAGCUAAAACGAUCAUCACACAUUUUCCAGAACGAAAUGAAAUAAUAACAUUUGGCUCAGGAUAUGGUGGUAAUUCAUUGUGUGGAAAGAAAUGUUUUGCAUUACGAAUUGGUAGUAUAUUAGCAAAGAAGGAGGGAUGGUUAGCUGAACAUAUGCUUAUAAUGGGUGUAACAAAUCCAAAAGGAGAAAAGAAAUAUUUUUGUGCAGCAUUUCCAAGUGCAUGUGGAAAAACAAAUUUAGCUAUGUUACAAAAUCGAGAUAUCAUACCCGGUUAUAAAAUUGAAUGUGUUGGUGAUGAUAUUGCUUGGAUGCGUUUUGAUGAAGAGGGACGUUUACGUGCCAUUAAUCCAGAAUUUGGAUUUUUUGGCGUUGCACCUGGAACAUCGCAAUCAACAAAUCCAAUUGCUUUGGAGAUGAUCAAAGAAGAUACAAUAUUUACUAAUGUAGCUGAAACUAGUAACGGUGACGUUUAUUGGGAAGGUUUAGAAAAUGAUGUCGAUUUAAAUAAUGUCACAAUAACAUCAUGGAAAAAUCAGCCAUGGCAAAAAGGUUCAAAAGAGCCGGCAGCACAUCCAAACAGUCGAUUUUGUACAUAUGCUUCACGAUGUUCAAUAAUUGAUCCAAAUUGGGAAAGUCCAGAAGGUGUUCCAAUUGAAGCAAUUAUAUUCGGUGGUAGACGACCAACGGGUGUGCCAUUAGUGUACGAAGUAUUUGAUUGGGAUCAUGGAGUGUUUGUUGGUGCAACAAUGAGAUCAGAAUCAACAGCAGCAGCAGAAUUUACAAAUAAACAAAUAAUGAAUGAUCCAUUUGCAAUGCGUCCAUUUCUUGCCUAUAAUUUUGGUCAGUAUUUAUCACACUGGUUAUCAAUCGGUCAAAAACCUGGCUUAAAAUUACCAAAAAUGUUUCAUGUCAAUUGGUUUCUAAAAGAUCCUAUAACAAAUCAAUUUUUAUGGCCUGGUUUUGGUGAAAAUAUUCGUAUUAUUGACUGGAUAUUUCGUCGUUUAAAUAAUGAAAAUUGUGCAAUUAAAAGUCCAAUCGGCUAUUUACCAGAAAAAGGUUCAAUUAAUUUGACUAAUUUGAAAAAUAUUAAUAUUAAUCAAUUAUUUCAUAUACAAAAAGAUUUUUGGUUAAAAGAAUGUAAAUCAAUUCGAGAAUAUUUUGUUGAAAAUGUUAAUGAUGAUUUACCAAAAGAAAUGUGGACUCAAUUAGAUUUAUUAGAAAAUCGGAUACAACAAAUACCAGCAAUAGAAAGAGAAAAAUGUGCAUAA